UUUACAUCAAUGGCUUAGAUACGAUUAAAUGCGCGAUUGCUUCAAAAUUUGAAUGCAAAUAUGCUACUAAAUCAUAUAAGACCUGUAGCUUAAAUAUCUCAUUUCCAAUUGAAAAAUCACAAAACCCCAAACCCUCAUUUCAAUUGCAAACUAAACCCGUUUGGUUUGCGUCGGAGAUGGAGAAAUCUCCACCGGCGGCCGAGGCGAUUGAAGAAAUAAAGGUAAGAAACAAUCUUCAUAUUCAUGACGAUCUUGCAUUUUCCAUUCUAUCUAAAUUACCUCUAAAAUCCUUGAAGCGUUUUCAAUGUGUACGCAAAUCAUGGUCCAUUGUAUUUGAAAACCCUAAUUUCAUGAAUUUGCUCCGCAAUCAUUUCUUAUCCAAUGACAAUUCUGAUUACGGUGAUGGUGAUACAUUCAUCUUCCUAAGUGAGGCUGAUCUUCCUGUUACACGUGGCGCAUUCUAUCUGCUCUCCAAUGAGAGCUUUGAGAAUAGAAUCAAAUUUAAUUUGCCACCUCCAUUUCAAGAGAAUGACUGUUCACUUUAUGUUUUAAGUUCCGUUUGUAUUAAUGGAAUUCUCUGCAUCGGCCAAGAUACGAGUCGAGGAUUGGUAAACUCCUUUAGAGCUGUAUUAUGGAAUCCGGCUACCUCGGAUUUCAUGGUUAUUCCUCCCAGUCCUGAUGAGUAUGUACCACCCUAUCGAAAUCCAUAUUUUGAGUUUCAUGGAUUUGGUUAUGACCAUCUGAAAGAUGACUAUAAGCUGAUUAGAUAUAUGUCGUUUUUCCCUGUAACCGACGAAGAUGAAGAUGUGCCGUUGGAAGAUAGAUCUUGUGACCCUUUGUUAGAGAUAUAUGGUCUUAGGAGUAAUUCUUGGAGGAUACUCGAGAUCGAUAUGCUUGAUAUUCAUGAUUUUACUUAUAGUUCAACGUGGAAUGGUACCGGAGUGCACGUGGAUGGAGUUUGUCAUUGGUUUGGUACUAGAGAUUUAUAUGAUGUUGAAGGCUGUUUGGUGUCAUUUGACUUGAUCAAUGAGGUGUUGUUUACAACACCUUUACUAGACAUGAAUGAAAAAUGUGAUUUGAUAUUUAUAGAGAGACACUUAGUGGUGUUAAAUGGGUCUAUUGCUUUUAUUUCAAAUUGUUAUAAGGCUACUACUUUUCACAUUUCGAUUUUGGGGGAACUCGGUGUGAAGGAAUCAUGGGCCAAACUCUUUGUUAUUGGACCCAUACCUUCCAUUGAAUGUCCCAUUGGAGUAGGGAAGAAGGGUGACAUUUGCUUCAAACAAAAAAAUGAUGAACUAGUCUGGUUUAAUUUAAGCACUCAGAUAACUAAAGAGGUUGGUGUCAAAGGAUCGAUAUAUGGUUGGCAGAUGGGAAUUUACAAAGAAAACCUUAUUCCAAUUGGAGGAAUUAAUAGUUAGUUGUCUUCUUGUUAUCUUCCUAUAGAGCCAUAUGACUAUGGUCAUUAGGAUUUCCAGUAUAUAUGCAAAGUGGCUUGACAAUGACAACUACACAUGUCAUAGUUAUUAUUAAGUAUAUGACAAAUUAAGAAGCCAUUUGGUUGAUAUGUUAAUUUGUCAAAUUUUUUGUUUUGAAAGUUUACUCUCUUUCUAUUUGCAAACUUACAUGGUUUC